UAUUGAAGUGAAGUUUUCCUUUUACCAAGCUCUAUUGCUGAUUUGUCGCCCUUGAACUUCCCGCUCCUUGGACGCCAACAGCUUGGCCCACCGUAUGCAAGCCCACACCUCGGGACUGGCUUUUGUGCUUACGUUGGCCUUACUGGUUGCUGCUACGUUAGUAGGCGGCAGCCUUGAAGCCAGCAACGCUGGAUCGGCGACUGCUUUUACAGAGGAAACGCCUGAAAGGAGCCUUGGCAGCAGCAGUCAUGAUAGAGCUGCUGCACUGCCUGCGUUGGAUGCGCAGCGGCUAAGCACCGCAGACGCAGACAAUACAUCCGCUCCUUCCACAGCAGGGGGGCACAGCGCGGCGGCCGGGGAGGCGACCAGCACUACCGGCGUGGGCAGCAUAGGCAACAGCAGCACAGGUGGCAGCAACAGCAGUGAUGGAAACUUCAGCAGUAGCAGCGCCGGCAGCAGCACCGGGCCUGGACUUCCCAAUGUGACGUCCCAAAGCACAAGUUGCACCGGCAGUUUGGAUGCUCCAUCUGCGUCAGCAAACACAGAUGUGCGGCAAACCGCAUCCCAUGGCGCUUCUACGGCAGCAUCCGCGGGUACGGAGGGUGCUGUCGGCUCCGUGGACACCAGCCCCAAAGCGGACAAUGUGCCUCCGCCGCCGCCGCAGCAGCCUGAACAAGCAGCCCCGCAGCCAGCGCAUUCGCAGACAAACUCCGAGGAGGAUGCCAAGCCCAGCGCGCCGCCGCAAACUGAUGCCGUAGUUGUUAGCACGCCUAGCCGCCGCAGCGGGCACAAGCUGAUCCCCAAGCCCGACGAAUUCGUCUUGUCCAUGCCAGCUGCAGAACCAUCCGUUAGCGCGUUUCUGGGGGAAACGGCUGCUGCUGCAGCGGCGGCUGUGGGGCAGGCCACGUCUCAGCUGGAGGAGCUUUUCGCAGACCACUACGCCAGCGGGUCGGGAGUGCCACUUAGCUUUCUCCCCGAUCCAAGCGAUGCCAGCUUUGCCGGGACGGACGGUGGCGCCGGCAGCGGCGCAGCCGCCGCCAGCGGCAGCAGUGCCACAGCUGCUUCCGCCGCCGGCAGCAGUCCCACUGCCGCUGAUGACGAUGACGAGGAGGGCCGCAAGAUCAACCUGGCGGCUUCGUCCGACGGGGCCAGCAUCGUCGCCGCCAACAAGGAGGCCAAGCGGCCGGACCGCCUCAUCGACGGCGACGACGACUCCUACAUGAAGAACACCUGCUCGGCCUCCAAGUGGGUCAUCGUGGAGCUCUCGCAGAUGGGUCGCGUGGACGAGGUGGAGCUGACCAUGAAGGAGAUGUACAGCUCGCGGGUGAAGGAGUUCCUGGUCAAGGGGCGCCAGUCGCACCCCAAGAAGGACGGCCUGGCGGACUACUCCCGCGGGCUGGACUUGGACAGCUGGCAGCUGCUGGGCGGCUUCACCGCGGAGAACCGCAAGGGCAGGCAGCGCUUCCGCCUGCCGCACAAGGCGCGGGUGCGCUACCUGCUGCUGCAGGUGUUGUCGCACUACGGUUCGGAGGAAAUAUGUGCGCUUAAUAGCCUGGAGGUGCGCGGUGUCACGGCGGCACAGGAACUGGAGGCGGCGCUGGCUCGGCCGCUCAGCACGCAUGCGCCGCCAGCGGUGCCGGCAGCGGCCGCGACGAGUGCGGCGGCAGCUGCAGCCGCAGCGGCAGCGGCGGCUCGUGUUGCUCCCCAGCGGGCCGGGGCGGGUGCUGCAGCAGCAGGACAGUCUGUUCAGGAGGCGAGUGCGAUGGCACCACCGCAGCAGCCGAACGUGGCCCAUGCUCCUCAACAGGCAGGCCCCGUGACCCCCGGGGCAGCGGCGGCGGCUCGGGAUGGAGGUCAGACGCCGCCACCCGCGCAGCAACAGCUGCAGCAACAGCCUCAGCAGCAGCCACAACAACAACAGCCACAGCAGCAGCAAGGGACAGCAAGCACCGCAGGGCAGGAAGCCGUGCAGGGCAAUGCAUCAGACAUCACUGCAAACGCAUCUCCACAAGCAGGAGGACAUCCAACUGAGCUUGCAUCAGGAUCUAAGGGCAAUGCAUCUGUAGGGGAUUCAACUGCUGCGACGGGACCAGGGACGGGCGGUGGGGUUGCCGGAGGCGUGCCGCCACCUGAGGGCUCCCUCAACGGGAGCUCCGCAGAGGGCGGCUGCGCUUGGGUUCAGGCGCCAACCGCUGCUGCUGUGCAGGCGGGGACCCAGCCUGUGCCUAGCAGCCCCUCGGCACGCGUCCCUGAAAGUGAUUCCGCUCCCCAGCAGCCAACGGUGGAACCCGUCAGUGGAGGCAGCGGAGAUGCCGCUGGCAGCGUCUCGCAGGGCCGCCCUGCUGAGGCGUCCGGGGAGGAUGCGGGUUGCACUAAUCGUACUCCUCCGGAAACAGGGAGCGCCGCAGCGCCAUCGCCACUUGACGCUCCGCACGUAGUGGACAGCACUGCAGUGCCUGGCGUCUCGGCAUUUCCUGAGGCGGCUGUUGCAGCUCCGCCAGACGUGGUGGGGAACUGCACUGAGCCCCCGGGCGUACGUGGGGGUGGGCCGCAGGCCGAACCCACUGAGGCAACGACGGUGAACAGUUCCUGUGCUGCGGCGUCCCCUCCCCUGGUGGCCCAUGAGGCUCCGGUGGCGCCUGCCGCGGCCAUGGCAGCCGGUGCUCAAUCGGCAGUAUCUGGCCAGGCUUUGGACCCAGCAGUGGCACCUCAGGAUGACGCAGCGGCUGCCCAGCCCGCGCCUACGCAGGUGACAAGCAGCGCACCAGUUGCCGCGGGUCCUGGCUCGAGUGUGGGUACGGCACCCCAGGCGGAUGGCUGUGCGCCGCCCACGGAAGGCACCGGGCAGGGAACCGGUGCAACUGCUGUUGUGCAAGGUGCGGCCAGCGUGCCAGCAGCAGCCGGUGCUUCGGGCUCCUUGCCCAGCCCUGCCACUCCUGCUGCGGAGCAGGCGCCGGCUGCUGCUGCGGCUGCGGCGGCUAACCCUGAGGCAGCGGUGCAGCCGCCGGCAUCCCAAGGUACCGUGCCCGUGACGGAUGCGCGAGGGCAGUCUGCGGGAUCACAGCACUCCGCGAGCACGCCCGCCGCUGAAAAGCAAGCGAUUCCGCUGCCCGGGAAGGUGGUCGGAGGCGGGGUGGAGCAGCAGCUUCCGCCCACACCCGUGCAGCCUGCAACUCCAACAGUAACCGCCUCUCCCAGCCCAGCAGGGACCCUGGACGCCCCCACCACUCCCGCAGCAGCAGCAACUCCUCCUCCUUCUCCUGCUGCUACUGCGACGCCGUCGCCUGCACCCACAGCAGCUGCACCGGCUGCUUCUCCUACUACAACCACAAGCACACCUCCCUCGCCACCACCGCAACAACCCAAACCAGCCGCACCUGCAACGGAGGCCCCUCCUUCAGGCGCCCCUCAGCAGCCCACACCCGCAUCCACGCCCUCGCCCGCACCCGCGGCUUCAUCAGGCGCUGUCGCCCCUUCGGCUGCGGCAGCUCCUGUCGCGGCUGCGCUGCCGGUCCCGAUUGCCACCCCUUCUCUUGAGAGUGUGCUUUCCAUGCUGGAAGGAGGGGCGGCCAGCAAGCCGCGGCCUGCGGGCAACCUGUUUGACGUGAUCAAGCAGGAGAUGAUGAUGCUGAAGCUCAACCAAACGCGACUGUGGGCGUACAUCCACGCACUGGUGGAUGCACUGAAUGCGCGACAUGCGGAGCUGGAGGAAGACGCACAGGCCACUGAGCAGAGGCUUGCCAUGCUGGACGCAUCCGUGGCGUCUGUCUCCAUUCAAGCUGUAGCGCGAGCCAACGAGAUCACACGGGGCCCCCUGGCGGCCUUGGAAGCGCGGCUAGCCGAGCUGGAGGCGCGAGCGGGGCAGACCGAGGUCCUCAGCACCGCCGUACUGUUGUACAGCAGCAUUGUACUGGGGGCCGCUGCCGUUGCGGGCCUGUCUGGGACUCGCUGGCGGGUACUUUGGUGGCUGCUGGCGUUCCUUGGCGUGGCUAAUGGCUUGGUGGGGCUGGCGCUUAGGAACAGUGUGCUAAGGAGCAUGUUGGCUGGGUAUAGUCAGUGGGCUGCGGAGCAUGCAGUCCAGCUGUUGGCGCAGGCGGCGAGUAGGAUGCUUAAGUGGAAGACAUGAUAGGUCGAGAUAGGCAGGGCAUGCAUGAAGGGUAGGGAUGCUAGGGCAGGUUUGAUCAUGCAACUGGUCGUGCAAAGAGCAGGUCUUGCAAAGAGAGAAAUUUCAUGACGCUUGAGGAGUCUUGUUGAGGCUUGGUUGGUCUCACGUGCCCAGGCAUGUAGGGUCGUCCUUAAUGGUGAAGCACAAUGACUUGGCACCCCAAGGGGUUUGCCGCAUAUCACUGGUGCACAUAGAGCGCUAAUGACUUCAAGCGUGUGGUGACCUGAUCUUGGCGUGCGGUGUUUCUCGCUAAGAAGGCAUGUACGGAACCGGGGGUUUCUGACACAUACUUGCUACAUAUGGUGUGCAGAUCAUGUGAUUAGCUUAUUUGCGGCAGGUUUGCGUCCCGGGCUUAGAAACAUUAGCUAAGCCCGGCCGGCUUAGGGUUUGUUGUACGGUGUGUGUUUGCCAUGUACGGGCAGCUGCUUAGUCCAAGCAUCGUUUUCUGUGACAGGUCAUUUGCACGAGAGCUUCUCGAAGAUCGUUAGGGCAGGAAUAGGCUUUCUUGUGCCCUCCGGUGUGGUUCUUGCUUGUCAUCGUUACUCGCUAUCGUUUGAGUUCACUUAAAGAAUGGAGAUUGAGAACAAACUUUUUACGCUUUAAAGCUCAAAAUCAAUGUAAUUGUUAUGUUCAGAGCUUCAGACCCCACUUCGGGCGCCUGCUUUGUCAGUUAGUGAGCCAUACGAUCCAUAACUGUGGAUCACGCCAGAUCUGAAUGGACUUCAGUGAAAAGUCAUAUGCAAGGCAAAAGUUUCGCAGCAGUCGUGGAAGGGGCCGGGGUCGCGGCGGAGCAUCGCGCGGUGGACAUUAUAGCGCCCCAGCGAGACAAGCACCGCCCGCUGGCGACCUCCGUAGCAACGCCUUCCGGUACGAGGAUGACGCUGAGCAGGAUGAGGAGGGUGUCGUUGUUCCCAAGUCCCAAGGGGCUGACCUGGAGGAGUUGCUGGAGGACGCGGACGUUCAAUUCAACCAGGCAUUCUACCGCUUUAGAGCGCAGCUGCAGGACAUUGCUCAAGAAGCGCCACCCCUGUGUGACACCAGCCCGCAACAGCUGCUGGCCAUUGAUCUGCAGCAGCUGGGCGCCAGCCUGGCCGCCCUGCCGCUGCACCAGCUGCUGGGCCUGGAGCCCGAGUACCUGGAGGGCGUGCAGCUGGCGGAAACAGCGGGGCAGCAAAAGCAGGGACAGGGACAGGGCAGGGGGCAGCCGGUCGGGAGGCCACAAUCAGCAGCUCUGGGGACAACCGCUGGAACGAACCUUGCGGUCAGCAACCCUUCGCAGGGCGUAACCGCCAGCGCCUCCGGACCUCCCCUUGCGGCAGGAAGGCCCGCGGCAGGGCGCGCAGUCGUCCCACCCGCGGCCUCGGCGCCGGCAGCUGCCGUGCAGCCUCCGCAACAGCAGCCGCCCACACAACCAUUGCACCCGCAGCAGCCAGCCGUGCCGCCUGCCGCUACGGCUCCCCUAUCCCCGGCCGCCCCUAGCGCAGCGCAGGAGGGCGAGGACGAUGAUGAUGACCUGGAGGCGCUGCUGCUGGGCCGCGCUCCUGCCACGAAACCCGCCGUACAGCCGCCCGGGGGGCAACAGCAGCAGCAGCAGUUGCAUGGAGGCGUGGCGGCCGCAUCAGCAACAGCAGCCCCGGGUGCUCUUACGGUGCCGCCUGCGCUUGCUGUGAGCCUGGCAGCGGUGAACCAGCAACAAGUCAGGUCAGACGCAGCCACCAUGCACACGUCAGCAGGGCUAGCCCCCGCCACGGCAGGCGGCACCAGCACCAGCACCAACAACCCUAACGGCAUUUCAGUUGUUCGGCUACCAGCGGCAUCUCCCUCUCCGUCGGCCAUGUCCCUGCCCGCAGCAGCCACAGCCGUCGGCCCAAUGCGCCCCAGUGCGCCCGUGCAGUCUGCCGCGACCUCAUCCCCCGCGCCAGCUCCCCGGUUGGCGACGGGGCCCCCAGCUCGCACUGUCGUACAGCCAUCCGCCGGCCUGCCCGGCCGCGCCAGCAGCGGCGCCGCCGUCGUGGGGGCUGCCGUACUGCCGGCGGUGGGGUCCGCAGGGGCGGCGGCGGCGGCCCGGGCUACCCAGGCGGGAGGCGGGGGUUUAGGACCUCCGUCGCUGCUCGCUGCCUCGGCUCGCACCGGCGGCGUG